AUGUCUGGACGUGGUAAAGGCGGUAAAGUGAAGGGAAAGGCAAAGUCCCGUUCGAAUCGUGCCGGUCUACAAUUCCCCGUUGGACGUAUUCACAGGCUGCUGCGAAAGGGAAAUUAUGCAGAGCGUGUGGGUGCCGGCGCUCCGGUGUACCUGGCCGCAGUCAUGGAGUACCUCGCCGCUGAAGUUCUAGAGUUGGCCGGUAACGCUGCUCGGGACAAUAAGAAGACCAGAAUCAUACCGAGACAUCUCAGCUUGCCAUCCGCAACGAUGAAGAGUUGA